AUGAAUAUGAUAUUCAGCAACAGCACUACUAGAUUUGGGCUCUGCCUACUUCUAUUGACAACCUCCUUUAUCUCAGCUCACACAAAUGACACCAUUUUCACUUCCCAAAUACUGAGAGAUAACCAUAAUGACACUCUCAUCUCAUCAACUGGAGCCUUUGCAUUGGGUUUUUAUAGCCCGGGGAGCUCCAAGAAUCGGUACGUGGGCAUAUGGUACAACAACAUUCAAGACAAGACAGUGGUGUGGGUUGCCAACAGAGACGAUCCUCUCACCGAUCGAUCAGGUGUGCUCCGAGUCAUUGAGCCGGGCCGUCUGCUACUUCUCAGCAGUGCUACUAAUGUCACAGUAUGGUCUGCUAAUAUAUCAAGCACUGUGCACGCUCCCAUUGUGCGUUUGCUUGACUCAGGGAAUCUCGUUGUGAUGGAUGAAAAUAAUGAGAGCAGUAUAAUAUGGCAGAGUUUCGACUAUCCAACCGACACUUUCUUACCGGGUAUGAAGCUCGGUAAGAACUUUGUAUCUGGCCAUGAAGUCUACGUCUCGUCAGCUAAGAGCAACGAUGAUCCGGCAACAGGUGGUUUUACGUAUCGCUGUGAUCCUAGUGGCUAUCCCCAGACUGUGAUCAAAGAAGGCGACUCCUUCCGGUACAAAGCAGGGCCGUGGAAUGGUGUUUACUUCAGCGGCAGUCAGAACUUGGUGAAAAACACUCUUUUCUCGUUUGGAGUGGUGAUUGAGAACAACGAGGUUUACUAUUACAACCAACUCCUCAACGAUGUUGUAUACACGCGGUUGGUGCUGAACGAAAUUGGCGUUGGACAGAGGUUGAUCUGGUCUGGUGAUCAAACCAAAAGCUGGAAACCUUAUGUUGCUUUUCCCAUAGAUAACUGUGAUUCGUAUAAACUGUGUGGUGCACAUGGUAUUUGUAGCACUAGGACUUCGCCCGAUUGUUCUUGUUUGGAUAAAUUCAUGCCUACCGAUCCUCAAGGUUGGAAUGCUGGUAAUUUUUCGAAUGGAUGCAUUCGAAGAACCACAUUGAACUGUGAAGAUGGCGACGGUUUUCUCAAGUAUUCUGGUGUCAAAUUGCCAGACACGGAGGGUUCCUGGUAUAAUGCGAGUAUGAGCCUUCAAGAGUGCAGGGUAUCUUGCGCGAAAAAUUGCUCGUGUACGGCCUAUGCAAGUCUAAAUAUAAGCAACGGUGAAAGUGGAUGUCUACUCUGGUUUGGUGAACUUGUCAACAUGAGAGAGAUUUCUCCUGGACAAGAUAUAUACAUUAGAAUGGCUAGAUCUGAAUUAGGCUCGGGAAGUAGGAAACGAGAAACAAUUAUAGUGACGUUGCCAGUGGUAGCGGGUAUUGUGCUGCUAGGCCUGGGAUUGUUUCUAUUUUAUCAUGUUAGAAAGAAUCCAAAGCAACAGCAACAAGAAUCAGACAAUCUGAGGAGUUCUGGUGAAACUCACGACGAGCAAAAGAUACCAAUGUUUGAACUAUCCACAAUGAUCAAUGCUACUAACGGAUUUUCAGCCGAUAAUAAGCUGGGAGAGGGUGGAUUUGGACCGGUUUUUAAGGGGUUGCUGGAUGGAAAGGAGAUUGCUGUGAAACGACUAUCAACAACUUCCCUUCAAGGAGCACAUGAGUUCAAGAAUGAGUUAAUCUGUAUCGCCAAACUUCAGCAUCGAAAUCUAGUGAAGCUUUUAGGAUGUUGCAUUCAAGGAGAAGAGCGGAUGCUUGUUUAUGAAUACAUGACCAACAAAAGCCUUGACUUAAUACUAUUCGAUGAAGUGAAGAGAAAGAUACUGGACUGGCCAAGGCGCUUUGACAUCAUCAAUGGAAUUGCUCGAGGCCUUAUGUAUCUUCAUCAAGAUUCCCGGCUUAGAGUUAUCCAUAGAGACCUCAAAGCCAGUAAUAUAUUACUAGAUUCAGAUAUGAUUCCUAAAAUAUCAGACUUCGGCCUUGCAAGAAUAUGUGGAGGCAACGAAACUGGAGCCAAAACAAGCCGAGUUGUAGGAACAUAUGGAUACAUGUCCCCAGAGUACGCUGUAGAAGGCUUAUUUUCAGUGAAAUCAGAUGUGUUUAGCUUUGGUGUUCUGGUGCUGGAAAUCAUAAGUGGCAAAAGAAACAGAGGAUUCACUUUGGCGAAUCAUCGCCACAACCUUGUUGGACAUGCAUGGAUGCUUUACAAAGAAGAAAUGUCAAUGGAAUUAGUAGAUUCUUGUUUGGAAUAUUCAAGCUAUUUAUCGCAAGUAGUUCGAUCAAUUCAUGUGGGCCUUUUGUGCGUUCAAGAAGAGAUAGAAGAGAGGCCAAACAUGUCUUCGGUGGUUCUAAUGCUGAAUAAUGAUGGGGUUCUGCCCCAACCCAAACAGCCUGGUUUCUUCACAGGAAGAGAUGUAUUGAGAAGUGAAACUUGGCACACCUCGAACACUGCAGCUUCCGCUAAUGCGAUCACCAUUUCACUGCUAGAGGCUCGUUAGAAAAAUUCAAACUAAAGAUUACAGAUUAAAUUUGUAUGAUUACAGAAACAAGAAGUACUUUUAUACUGUUCCUGUUGUAGGAAUUUGAGUUGAAUGAGAAAUGGAACAUUUUAUGUAAGGAAAAAGAAUUCCAUGCUUCUUGGGCAUAUUUUUUCAAAUGUUAUUUAUGGUUUAUCUA